UUCGCAAACGCCAGGGAAAGGAAACUUUGGGGAAACCGAAAGUAGCGAGGACGGGAAGCACCCACGGAGCACACAGCGUCCCCGGGGCCUGAGGAAUCCGCUCUGUGUAGGGACCAUGAGCCGCACUUCCCAGCGCUUCUUCGCUGGCCCCCACGCCGGAGUCCCCGCGUCCUACCAGAUGCUCAAGGAGGAGCACGAGGUGGCCGUGCUGGGGGCUCCCCAGAUCUCAGCGCCCGUGGUGUCCACCGUGGUCAACAUCCAGCCUGAGACGGCCGUGCCCGACCACAUCGUCUGGUCCCUGUUCAACACGCUCUUCUUCAACGUCUGCUGCCUGGGCUUCGUGGCGUUCGCCUACUCCGUGAAGUCCAGGGACCGGAAGAUGGUGGGCGACGUGAUUGGGGCCCGGAGCUACGCGUCCACCGCCAAGUGCCUCAACGUCUGUGCCCUGGUCCUGGGCCUCCUCGGGACCAUAGGAUGCAUUGUUCUUCUGGUGUUUCUGGUGCCGGCAGUCUACCGUGCAGUAGUGCAGGCCACAGUGGGCCACACAGGCUACUAGUGGCCGCCCACGGCUGGUGACCCUCCUCCUCCCCACCCACUGGCCUUGGGCCUCCCUGUUAAAUAUGCUGGAAUCAUCCCUGCCAUCACCAUUUCCGCCAUUUUGAUAGGGGACUUUAAGAGUUGGAAAAUUUUAGUUUAAGGUAAAAAGUUAUGGGCCUAGUGAGUCAUGCAUAUGUUAAAGCUUCUGUUUCAGAGCCUACAGAUCAAUAAGGCCCAUCCUGGCUCCUGGGAAAGCAGCCGACCUCCUGGGGCCCCGCUAAAGAGCACCGCCUGGGGACAAGUGGGGGCAUCCGGGCCUUUGUCCUUCAGGGAGGGGCAGACGACCACCCGCCACUGAGAACAGCUAACUGCACAGGAGAGGAACGUUGCAGUUUCUUUUACCCAAUCCACCUUGACUUUCAAACCCCUCACCGCAUCUUGUGUAUUCCCUGCUAUAAAAACCUUGGCCUGGAAAGAAAAGACAAGACGGUCUGUUAGGCUGUGAACCCGCCAUCUUCUCAGACCGCCGGCUGUCUGAAUAAAGUGCUUGUAAAGAAUUCAA